AUGGCUGCCGCCAGGAUGAGCUAUCAUUACAGGGAGUUUAAAUCACCAUUCAGACGGAAAAUAAUGCCUUUUAAAUCAUACUGGACUUUCGCUUUUCUUAUUUUUACCUCAAGACGGUGUUUUGCCGACGAUGAUCACGAAAUGGAAGAGUUUUUGAAGCGGGAAUACUCCCUUUCCAAGCCUUACCAAGGUGUGGGAUCCUUAGGCUCCUCCCACUGGGAGCUGAUGGGGGAUGCCAUGGUAACCACCGACCAGGUGCGCCUCACACCUGACAGGCAGAGCAGGCAGGGGGCAGUGUGGAGCCGCCUUCCUUGCCAUCUGACGGAUUGGGAGAUGCAGGUGCACUUUAAGAUUCACGGGCAAGGAAAGAAGAACCUGAAUGGUGAUGGCCUGGCCAUUUGGUACACUAAGGAACGUGCGCAGAAAGGUCCUGUAUUUGGAAAUAUCGACAACUUCACUGGCUUGGGUGUGUUUGUGGACACGUAUCCCAACGAGGAGAAGCACCUAGAGGCGCAGAAGAAAAGAUAUACUCCUCGCACACAGAGGAUCUUCCCCUUCGUUCUGGCCAUGGUUGGGAACGGCAGCAUCGGCUACGACCACGAGCGGGAUGGUCGGCCCUCAGAGCUGGGCGGCUGCAACGCCAUGGUGCGCAACCUCAAACAAGACACCUUCCUCUUCAUCCGAUACGUCCGCCGCAGGCUCACGGUGAUGAUCGACAUCGACGGACAACAUGAGUGGAGGGACUGCCUGGACAUACCCGGGGUGCGGCUUCCACAAGGCUAUUAUUUUGGAGCUACGGCCAUUACUGGAGACCUCUCGGAUAACCAUGAUAUCAUUUCCCUGAAACUCUACCAACUGACGGUGUUGCGUAGUCAAAAGGAAGAGGAAGAGGAGGAAGAAGAGGAGAUAACCAUACCCAGUGUGGAUAACAUUGAGCUACUCAGAAUGGGUCAGGUUGAAGAAGGGAUGAGUGGAAUAGCUAUUUUCUUCGCCGUGCUCAUUUCCAUGCUGGGCUGCAUCUUCCUGAUCGUCAUCGGCCUGGUGGUCUACGGCCACUGGAACGAGAACCGACGUAAGCGCUUCUACUGAGAGAGAUUUAGAAAGAAAAAAAAAGAUGGAGGUCGGCGAUUGUGAAGACUACUGAGGUCUGCACUGAGACGAAAGCGAGACACCGCUGUCGGCCAGUAGAGCGCAGCAGGUUGUUUUGUCUGGAGAACGACACUUUGACUGGAGGCGCAGUAAAUGCAUCGCCUGCUACGAAGAGCCAUCGUCCAACUUCGCCAUCGGUCGUCAUGAAGCAGUAGGAAGACUUUCUUUUUGUCCUCAGCCCGUCCGACACACACCAGCUCGGCCUUACCAUCUCCACCUCUGCACUUGCAGACGUGCAGUAUGACAUCUUAUGAGCAGUGGUCACCAUUUGCUGCAUUUGACAAACAUGAAAUUCUGAGAUUUUCUCUUUUUCAUUUCACUGACUUUUGAUGGCUUUGAGAAAUAAAUAUAUAAGUUUCCAAUGUUUUCUCUGCAGUAUGACUUGAAGCGCUAACCAAAUAGCACUGAAAAAGAAUUAUGCCAUCCUUACUGUAGCUCCUGGCUAACUAAAGAUGCAUCUCUACUCUUCUGUGUACUGUGCUGUGUAUUCAAUCAUUUCGACUCGGAGUAUAUACUAUAGUAUGCCGUUUAUUCUCAUUCUGUUGUUGUAAUAUGCAUGAUAUUUGUUUAGGGUGUGUGUGUGUGUGUGUGUGUGUGUGUGGCCUUUUGAUUGAUGCAUGUGGCAAUGAUUUGGGUGUUUUUUCAGGGAAAUAUUUUAUUCAACAAUUUAUUUUGAACAAUAUUAGCACUCACAAAAUGUGGAUUUAUAUUCAUCACUGUUCCCGUUCCCAGAUUCUACUGUCAAAAUGUUUUUUCAAAACAUACAUUUAAAUGUCAGAAAUGAACUUUGCACUGAAGAGAAUUUUAACGAGUGACACUGUUUUUGUUUUUUGUUGCACAUUGAACACUAAAAUGACCUUUUGUUUGUGUUGUAAAAACACCACCACUGUGUUUCUGUCAUACACAUUAUUAUUAUUAUUAUUAUUAUUAUUAUGUUGCAGUGAACUGAAUAAACGUGCUGGUUUGGCCUCAGGCUGCCUUCUUCUCUAUGUUCUAGGAAAUGGUUGCAGGCCUCAUGUCAACAUCGUAUAUCUUUUAUCUGUGGUGCUUUGUUUUCAUUUGGGCAAUAAGUGAGGACUUCCUUAUUUCCUGUAGCCACUUUGACAACCGCCCAACCUUAUUUAUGUUCUGUUUGUUUUGUAUGACUACCGUGCCUCAUGUAUCCAACCAGUGACUCACAUAUUACAUUUUUUUAACUAAUCUUUUUCCUGAACUAUUUGUAUUGCCUCAUUAAAGACCUACAUUGAUA